UGCCAGUUCGAUGUUCGAUCUGGUUUUCAAAACAUUACUAAAAUAGAUUCAUCUUUCUAUGUAAUGUAUUGGUUUAUAUCCUCUUUUACCUCACUUUAUCUCACAAGUUCUUUUUUUACCCAUAUGUACUUAAAGAGAAUUUGUACUCGUGUUUAGGGAUUUUUAAAACUUGCCCACUAAAAGUUUUUGGCCAAUCAUGUGGCAAUCUGAGGAAGAGGAGCCGAAAAUCUAUCAUGUUGACAUUAACCUGGAGGUAAUGGAAAUUGAAUCUGCUACCAUGGCUCAUGGGACUGGAGGUCCUUUCGCUCACAACAUACUAGAGGCUGAAUAUUCAGAGAAUUUGACACCGAGGAGAGCGUUAGCACUUGCACCGAGAGCUCUUAUGCUGCCAUUCAUGAUUUUCAAACUGGUGGAUAUGCUCGCUUGUGUUUUCUACCACAAGAAGGAGAGUUGGAUUGUGAAAUUCACCCGAUGGAGACUAGUGUAAACAUUAGGGAUGCAAUAACGGCACGUGUGGUAAUGAGGCAGAACUGGAUUAAUGGAGACUACGACCUCAACGUGCUGGAAACGUUAGUCUAUUAUUGAUAUUAUUUGGCUUAGCAAGGCAACACUUCUUGCUUUAUUUCUUGGGUAAUUUACCUAAAUAAAAUUAAAACAUAAUG